AUGUCGACCUUCCUAGAUCCUGGGAUGCACACUCUCCAGAUAGGUACAAACGGCGAGAGCUCUCAGACGCCGUCCCCACCCAGUUCCCCAGGAAUGCACAAUGAGAGCUGCAGCAUCGCGCCGCUCACGCCCUCCCAGUCACCUAGGAACGAAGCCCGGGCGCAGCGACCCACUUCCUUCUCCGUGGUGGUGGCCAUUGACUUUGGCACGACCUCCAGCGGCUAUGCCUUCAGCUUCUCCAACGACCCCGAGGCCAUUCACAUGAUGAGGAAAUGGGAGGGGGGUGAUCCUGGAGUGGCCAAUCAGAAAACCCCCACCAGCCUCUUGCUGACCCCAGAGGGCGCCUUUCACAGUUUCGGAUACACAGCAAGGGAUUAUUACCACGAUCUCGAUCCGGAGGAAGCCCGGGAUUGGCUCUACUUUGAGAAGUUUAAGAUGAAGAUUCACAGCACUAGUGACCUCACCAUGAAAACCGAAUUAGAAGCCGUGAAUGGGAAGAAGGUCCAGGCGCUGGAGGUGUUUGCACACGCCCUUCGCUUCUUCAAGCAGCACGCCGUGCAGGAGCUCAAGGACCAGUGUCCGUCUUUGCAAGAGAAAGAGGCCAUCCGCUGGGUGAUUACAGUGCCUGCCAUCUGGAAACAGCCAGCCAAGCAGUUCAUGAGGGAAGCUGCAUACAAGGCCGGCUUGGUUUCCCCCGCGAACCCGGAGCAGCUGUUGAUCGCACUGGAGCCGGAAGCAGCUUCCAUCUAUUGCAGGAAGCUCCGCCUCAAUCAGCUGAUUGACCUGAGCUGCAAACCUCUAGCCAAUGGCCUCGCACCAGAGCUCUCCAUUGACUCCAGCUUCAGGCAGGCCAGAGAGCAGCUCCGGCGUUCCCGGCACAGCAGGACCUUCCUGGUGGAGUCGGGGGUAGGCGAGCUGUGGUCCGAAAUGCAGGCAGGAGACCGUUACAUCGUGGCUGACUGCGGUGGCGGGACGGUGGAUCUGACCGUCCACCAGAUCGAGCAGCCGCAAGGGACGCUCAAAGAGCUCUACAAAGCCUCAGGUGGCCCCUAUGGGGCGGUGGGGGUGGACCUGGCCUUCGAGACGCUGCUGGGCCAGAUCUUCGGGGAGGAUUUCAUCGCCACCUUCAAGGCCAAGCGCCCGGCAGCCUGGGUGGACCUGACCAUCGCCUUCGAGGCCCGCAAGAGGGCGGCAGCGCCCUUCCGCUCCAACCCCCUCAACGUCUCGCUGCCCUUCUCCUUCGUCGACUUCUACCGCAGGCACCGGGGCCAGAACGUGGAGACGGCGCUCAAGCGGAGCAGCGUGAACUUUGUGAAGUGGUCCUCGCAGGGGAUGCUGCGAAUGUCAUCGGAGGCCAUGAACGACCUCUUCCAGCCGACCGUCAGCCAGAUCAUCCGGCACAUCGACGACCUCCUGAAGAAGCCAGACGUCAAAGGCAUCAAGUUCCUCUUCCUGGUAGGGGGCUUUGCCGAGUCAGCGAUGCUCCAGCACGCCGUCCAAUCGGCCUUCGGCAGCCUGUGUCGCGUCAUCAUCCCCCAGGACGUCGGGCUGACCAUCCUCAAAGGGGCGGUGCUCUUCGGCCUCGACCCCACCAUCGUCAGGGUCAGGCGCUCGCCCCUGACCUACGGCGUGGGGGUACUCAACAAAUUUGUGGAGGGGAAGCACCCCAAGGAGAAGCUGCUGGUGAAGGAGGGGAAGAACUGGUGCACGGACAUCUUUGAGAAGUUUGUCUCUGUGGACCAGUCGGUGGCCCUGGGCGAGGUGGUGCAGAGGAGCUACUGCCCGGCCAGGGUGGGGCAGCGGAAGAUCAUCAUCAACAUCUACUGCUGCGCCACGGACGACGUGGUCUACAUCACCGACCCGGGGGUGAGGAAGUGCGGCACCAUCAGCCUGGAGCUGGACGAGCUGGACGAGCCAAGCGGCCCCAAGAGCCGGCGGCGGGAGAUCCGGGCCAGCAUGCAGUUCGGGGACACGGAGCUCAAGGUGGCAGCUAUGGACGUCAGGACCUCCAAGACGGUCAGGGCUGCCAUCGACUUCCUGUCCAAUUGA